CUCGGGCGUGCCAUGGCGCUGGCGGAACUGGCUGCUCGGCUCAACUGCGCCGAGUACAAGAACUGGGUGAAGGCCGGGCACAGCUUGCUGCUUCUGCGAGGCGCCCUGCAGCGCUUUGCCCACGAGCAGGUCCACGCCUUCCACCGGCAGCUCGUCGCUCGCCUGGCUCCGCUGGGUGGCCGGUGCAGCGGGCGUUGCAUCCCCCGGGGCAAGCAGUUUCAGCCUUCUUGCUCAUUAUGUAAAGAAUGGAAGAAGGAGAUUUUGAAUCAUCACACUCACAGAAAUGGAGAGGUUCACUGGGGGAACUGCAGACCUUGGCUUUGGCCUUCAAACUCAUGGGAACUUGCAAAGGCUUACUUGCCUCGUGGGAAAGCUGAUAGUCCUGGCCCUGACAAGUGUGAUGCAUCAGCACUCUUGAACCUUUUCACCUUCUGUGAUUACUUCAGCGACAUUGAUCAGAAGAAAAUCAGAGAGGUGAUUAAAUGCCGCAAUGAACUAAUGCAUUCUUCAGAUAUGAAGGUAUCUUCUUCCUGGCUGAAAGAGUUUGGAAAACGUGUUCAAGAUUUGUUAACUGAAUUCCAGCAUGUUCCAGAGGCCGUGACAGCUUGUGUGAGGAUUGAAAAGCUUCUGUCAUCUGACUGGAACGUUCAUGUGCCAAGAGAAGAUCACCUUGAUGGAUUGGAAGGUGAAAUGAGCCAGAGCCAGAUUAGCGAAAUAGAAACAGAGCUGAUCAAAGAGAAACUUCAUGAAAUGAGCCUUCUCUUGGAAGAACAAGGAAUGAUGUCAGAAGAGGAUUUGAACAGAAUACAAAUUGCAAGGGAUUUCUUACACAACAAUCAUGAUCUUCAGAGGAGUUUGCACAGUGAAAUGCAGCAGCUUGAAGACAUAAUACAAGAGUUGUGCAGACAGAAAGCAUCAGUAAAAGAGGUCCAAGAAGUUAAUUACAAACAGGAGAAAGGUGAAGAUUUUCCGUUAGAAUAAACGAAGCACAUGGAAUGAAGAUUGCCACUUCUAUGGAAAUGCCAGACAUUAGUGUCAUAAAGGAACUUGUAGAAAGGUGAUCUCCUUUUAACCAUUCCCAAGAGAGGUGAAUUCAGUGGGGACAUACCAUAUUCUGUAGCAGUACCUCACCUUUGGAACUCUUUUCCUGAGCAAGUUAGGCUGGCCCUGCCACUAGUUGCUUUCCUCCCUCCAACAACCACCAACUUCAAGCCAUUCUCUGCAAAACUCUCUUAAUUGUUUCUCCACAUAAAUCAUCCAGUCAAGUCUCUGAGCAACACCCAAAGCAGUUUCUUGAACCCAACUUAGCUAUUAGUUCCCAAACUUCUCCUUACGAGCUUGCUCGUGAGCCAGCCCUUGGGGAGAGGUGACGGUGAGCACACCUUUUUUCUGCAUGCUUUUCAACCAGCUGGACUUCUCACCACUGCUACCGCUCAGCCAUGGAGUAUAGCUCUGUGUGGAGUGGCUAAUCUCUGCCUGAGGCUUCCCCAGCAUCAACAGCCCCUCUCACUUCCUGUAUCUCCAUACUGUUUCCAGAGUCUGCCUGAUCCACCUCCACUUCUGCCCUUGAAUUAUCAGCUCCUCCACCUCCUUGGGUGUGUCCCAGAACUUUGAACAUCUGGGUGGCCCUCAGUCCUACUGUGAUAUUCAUCUUUGGCAUCAGAGUCAGCAAAAGGGGCAUGGCUAGCUUCCCAUGGGAGUGUUUGCCAAAGUGCACCAGCCCACCUGUGCCCAGUUAGGCCCCUCCGUUGUUUCAUUUCAGGCAGAGUAUUAAGUCACCUUUGUUCCAUAUGACUUCUUACUAUUUUAUGGGUGCAAUUUGUGUAGUGGCCUGUGGCCUUCUAAACUUGGAGUGUUACAGGAUCCAGUUGAGGUGGGAAUUGCAUCUGUUCUUCCCUUGCUCUGAACAUAUUUAAAUAGCUUGCCCCUCCCCUCCCAGAGAUGCUCUUCUAUGUUCAGGGGCUCCGCUGGUGUGAAAAGAACCGGGCUGGCCAAGAGGGUGUGGGGGCACUUGGAAGGCUUCCUUGAGGUUACAGCAGGGACUCCAUCGUUUCCUAUGACUGCACGGGGAACAUCUGUUGGCCACUGGAUUGUAUCCUAAAUGUGUUAUCUUUACAUUCUGUUUUAAGAUUCUCAUUUUCUUAAUUCUGCUGAUUUAAAAAAAAAGUUUAAAAUUUUAUUAUAAUGUAAUUAUAAGCUACCUUAGGGACCCUAUUUGGACCAAACUGCAAAUUAUAAAACGUCAGAGAAUAAAUCUGAAGGGUGAAUUCCAUUAAACUCUUUUCUCAAAAUGUAGAAAU